AAAACUGCGCCCUAGGCGGCGCCCCGUCCUCUGCCACUCCCGCUCCGUGGUCCCCGCGCCUGAGACUCUGCAGCCAGCCUCCCAGCACCCGCAGCCGCCGCCCGCCGCAGCCAUGUCCAACAGGUCCGUGUCGUCGUCCUCCUACCGCAGGAUGUUUGGCGGCCCAGGCACCGGGAGCCGGCCGAGCGCCUCCCGCAGCUUCGUGACCACGUCCACGCGCUCCUACAGCCUGGGCAGCGCGCUGCGCCCCAGCUCGGCCCGCAGCCUCUACUCCUCGGCCCCGGGCGGCGCUUAUGUCACGCGCUCGUCCUCCGUACGCCUGCGGAGCGGGGUCCCCGGCCUGCGGCUCACCCAGGACUCGGUGGACUUCUCGCUGGCCGACGCCAUCAACACCGAGUUCAAGAACACGCGCACCAACGAGAAGGUGGAGCUGCAGGAGCUCAAUGACCGCUUCGCCAACUACAUCGACAAGGUGCGCUUCCUGGAGCAGCAGAACAAGAUUCUGCUGGCCGAGCUGGAGCAGCUCAAGGGUCAGGGAAAGUCGCGCCUGGGGGACCUGUACGAGGAGGAGAUGCGGGAGCUGCGCCGGCAGGUGGACCAGCUCACCAACGACAAGGCGCGCGUGGAGGUGGAGCGCGACAACCUGGCCGAGGACAUCAUGCGGCUGCGGGAGAAGUUGCAGGAGGAGAUGCUUCAGCGAGAGGAAGCCGAAAGCACUCUGCAGUCUUUCAGACAGGAUGUUGACAAUGCUUCUCUAGCCCGCCUUGACCUUGAACGCAAAGUGGAAUCCCUGCAAGAAGAGAUUGCUUUCUUGAAGAAACUACAUGAUGAAGAAAUCCAGGAGCUGCAGGCCCAGAUUCAGGAACAGCAUGUCCAGAUUGAUGUGGAUGUCUCUAAGCCUGACCUCACAGCUGCCCUGCGUGACGUCCGCCAGCAGUAUGAGAGUGUGGCUGCCAAGAAUCUUCAGGAGGCCGAGGAAUGGUACAAGUCCAAGUUUGCUGACCUUUCUGAGGCUGCUAACCGGAACAAUGAUGCCCUGCGCCAGGCAAAGCAGGAGUCCAAUGAGUACCGCAGACAGGUGCAGUCCCUCACCUGCGAAGUGGAUGCACUUAAGGGCACGAACGAGUCUCUGGAACGCCAGAUGCGUGAAAUGGAAGAGAACUUUGCUGUUGAAGCUGCUAACUACCAAGACACUAUUGGGCGCCUGCAGGAUGAGAUUCAGAACAUGAAGGAAGAAAUGGCCAGGCACCUCCGUGAGUACCAAGAUCUGCUGAACGUGAAGAUGGCUCUCGACAUUGAGAUCGCCACCUACAGGAAGCUGCUGGAAGGCGAGGAGAGCAGAAUUGCCCUGCCUCUUCCAACCUUUUCCUCCCUGAACCUGAGGGAAACCAAUCUGGAGUCACUUCCUCUGGUGGACACCCACUCAAAAAGAACACUUCUGAUUAAGACAGUGGAAACCAGAGAUGGACAGGUUAUCAAUGAAACUUCUCAGCAUCAUGAUGACCUUGAGUGAAAACUGCUCACACUACAUGCAGCAAUCCAGUACCAGCAAGAACAAGAAAGAAAUCCAUAUUCUAGUGAGACAGCUUUUCAAGUGCCUUUCUGCAGUUUUUCAGGAGCUCAAGGUAGAUUUGGAAUAGAGAUAAGCUCUAGUUCUUAAGAACCAACAUUCUUAAACAUUUUAGAAAGUUUACAACAUAAUCUAGUUUGUGAGGAAAACUUGUGCUAGAAUACUUUUUUUAAAAGUAUUUUUAAAAACCAUUAAAAUUGCUCUUUUUUUUUUCCCAACGAGUAUCUGACCAACUGGUUUCUGCUUCAAUAAAUCUUUGGAAAACUC